AUGGGGACCGGUAAGAAAGAAGCCACUCGCAAAGAGAAGCAGGCGAAGACGGGGGAUGGGAUGAACAAUGUCAAAACCAAAGGAGAAAAUUUUUACAGGACGGCCAAGCAGGCGAAGACGCUCAAUAUGUUCAAAGAAGGUAAAGCCCAAAGGAACGCGAGUGGCAAAAUCGUCAAAGCUGCCGCUCAUCAGAGCCGUGAGAAGCCAAAAGCAAGGAUCGAGCCCAAUCGUAAAUGGUUUGGAAACACAAGGGUCAUCUCCCAAGAUGUGCUCAACUCUUUUCGAGAAGCCAUGGCCGAGCGCGCCUCCGAUCCGUAUCAGGUCCUGGUCAAGUCGAAUAAGCUGCCCAUGAGUCUGGUCAGAGACAAUGAGACCAAGAAUGGACUGAAAGAGCAUCAGGCCAAGAUACAGGUCGAGUCCGCACCGUUCGGGGACACCUUCGGACCAAAGGCGCAGCGAAAGCGAGUGAAGAUAGGAGCUGGCUCAAUGGAAGGUCUCGCUGCCGAAUCAGAAAAGAUGUAUGGUAGCUAUCUGGAAAAACGAGAGCAAACGAAGUACCUUAGUGGGGAAGCAAAUACGGAGACGCGAGAUGGUGAGGAAGAGGAGCAAGAAACAGACACUGCCAUGAGCACAGCCAUUGAGCCCGUGUUCUCGAAAGGGCAGAGUAAGCGAAUAUGGAACGAACUCUACAAGGUCAUCGACUCCUCUGAUGUGGUCAUACACGUCCUGGACGCGAGAGAUCCGCUUGGAACGAGAUGUCGGACUGUAGAGAAGUUCAUCAAGGAAGACGCACCGCAUAAACAUUUGAUCUUUGUGCUGAACAAGUGCGAUCUGGUGCCUACUGGUGUUGCCGCGUCCUGGGUUCGAGCUCUUUCCAAAGAAUAUCCCACGCUGGCCUUCCAUGCCUCAAUCACCAAUUCUUUUGGCAAAGGAUCUCUGAUUACUUUACUAAGGCAAUUCUCUUCUCUUCAUUCUGGCCGCAAACAAAUCUCAGUUGGGUUUGUUGGCUACCCUAAUACGGGCAAGUCUUCUAUUAUCAAUACUUUGCGCAAGAAAAAAGUCUGCACCGUUGCUCCGAUACCAGGUGAAACCAAAGUUUGGCAGUACAUCACUCUGAUGAAGCGAAUCUACCUCAUUGAUUGCCCUGGCGUCGUACCGCCAAAUCAAGGGGACUCACCCGAGGAUAUUCUCUUACGUGGCGUCGUCAGAGUCGAGAAUGUGGAGAACCCAGAGCAAUAUAUCGCUACCGUACUAAAACGCGUGAAACCACAGCAUAUCGAACGUACUUACGAAAUUAAAAAUUACAACUCUCCCACGGAAUUCCUAGAACUACUUGCUAGGAAAGGCGGUAGGCUAUUGAAAGGUGGUGAAGCGGAUGUGGAUGGCGUUGCGAAGAUGGUUCUGCAUGACUUCUUGAGAGGGAAGAUUCCUUGGUUCACGCCACCACCGAUGCCAGAGGGACAGGAGGAGAAAGGUAUUGAGGGUAGGAAAGGACAAUUGGGAGAAAUGGGAAGGAUAGACACCAGGAGGGCAGAUGACGAGGAGCUUGACGAAGCCUCCGAAGACCACAUCGUGCAAGAUGAUGCCGAAUUUGGAGGAUUCGACGAUAUUGACGAAUCUGACGAAGACAUGUCUGAAGAUAGCGGCGGCGCGACUGUAAUUCAUGAGCCACCGCCAGCUUGA